AAAACGUAAACAAAACAAACUCUUAUCAAAAACACCCUCGCGAUUGUGCAGAUUGCAUCAGAAGCAGCAACACAAAUAAGCGUGAUUCCUUCCGCUGUGCGGUUCAGCUAUCUCGAUGGGAACGACCACAGACGUUAUUAAGGUGCAACGGGCCGUGCACGAUCCCAAAAACCCGUUAGUGUAUCUGGAUGUAAAGGUUGGCGAGGAGAGCGUCGGUCGAAUCGUGAUUGAGCUGCGGGCGGAUGUAGUGCCACGGACGGCAGAAAACUUUCGCGCCCUGUGCACGGGAGAGCGCGGCAUUGCGCCCGACACCGGCACGCGGCUGCACUACAAGGGCAGUCCGUUUCAUCGGGUGAAAUCGUUGUUCAUGUCGCAGGGUGGUGAUAUCGUGCACUUUAAUGGCACUGGUGGUGAAAGCAUCUACGGCAAAACGUUUGAGGAUGAGAACUUUACACUGCUGCACGAAGAUGGAGCAGUAUCGAUGGCAAACUUGGGCAAAGCGCACACCAACAAUUCCCAGUUCUUCAUAACGUCGGGCGAGUGUCCCCACCUAAACGGGACGAACGUGGUGGUUGGGUACGUGAUACGCGGUGGUGGCAUUGUCGGUGAGAUGGAGCGACACUCGAACGAUGACGGGGACCCACUCGUACCGAUAGUGAUCGAAGACUGUGGCCAGAUAGCGCCCGGUGACAAUUGGCGCGUUUGCGAUGACGACGAUGAGGUUGACCGCUUGCCACCGUUUCCGGAAGAUUGGGACAGAUUCUACGACGAGUUUACCGUGGACGAGAUGCUGCACUACUUGAACGCCAUUCGCACCGUAGGCAACCGGUACUUUAAGGCGGAUCAGUUCGUGCGGGCCAAUCGGCGAUACAAGAAGGCGGAACGGUACUACAACUUUUUCACCAACCAGCUGAACAAACUGUCCCCUCGUCGGGACGGAACACGCACACUGUUGGCCGACUUUCAGCUGCUCAACUGUCUCAAUCAAGCGGCGGUACGUUUGCGGCUGAAAGACUUCCCGAGCGUGGUGGGCGCCUGCAAUGCGGCCCUUGCGAUCGAUCCGGACAACGCGAAGGCGCUGUACCGGCGGGGCAUUGCGCAGAACGAGCAGCGCAACUACGAGCAGGCGCUGGACGAUCUGGGCCGAGCGCUGAAGCGGAUACCGGACGACCGGUUGAUCCAGCACGAGUACGAGCGAUCGCGCAAGAAUCUGCAGCAGUAUACGCAGCAGCAGCGGAAAGCGUACGCCAAAAUGUUCCAGUAAGAACGGGUUCGUACCAUUUGUCCGUUUGUCGAUCUUGGCUAUACCUUUUGGAUACAUGUUUCAAUGUAUGUGGUGGUGUUCGUUAUGUGUAAGGCUUUCGGAAACGCUUGUUCUCCAACCGCAGAUGAUUGUUGUUAAUAAAUGUUAAGCAAACGUA